AUGGCGUCCUUCGCGUUCCAUCUUUAUGUUCUGCUUACUUGCCUUGCCGCAACUGGCGCUUUCGCCCGUCUACGGACCUUCAAUUUCACUGUACACAGUGCUGUGCGUAGUCCAGACGGAUUUUCUCGUACGGUCUAUCUUAUCAACGGUCAACAGCCAGGCCCGAUAAUCGACGUUGAUGAGGGGGACGAUGUGGAAGUGUUCGUCAAGAAUGACUUGCCCGUUAACACUACGAUUCACUGGCAUGGGAUACUACAACGUGGAACACCGGACAUGGAUGGUGUCCCGGGGGUUACUCAGCAUCCGAUAUUGCCCGGAGGGAACUUCACGUACCGCUUUUCCGUGAAGAAUGAGUACGGAUUCUACUGGUAUCAUUCUCACUUUCGCGCGUACUACGACGAUGCCAUACGCGGACCUCUUUUGAUCCGGCCAGCACCGUCCCGCCGUCGACCUUUCGAGGAGCUUCCGGAUUAUAAAUCCGAUAGUGAUAAGAUGUUACAGGCUGAGAAGGACGCUGUGUCUUUACUCUUGAAUGACUGGACCCAUGAACUUUCGGAUACGAUAUUUGCGCGUUAUCUUCAAACAGGUGCCUUCCCUGGCUGUGUUGAUAGUAUCCUUGCGAAUGGACUUGGCCGGGUGGAAUGUCUGCCAAAGUACGUCCUCGACGCUGGCCCCGGGUUGGGAAUAAGUUCGGAAUCGGCUACUGCACAAGAGCCUUCUGCUACAACAACACCAACAACCACGUCUGCGGGGAUGGAAAUGUCUGGAAUGAUGAAACGGAUGGAUGGCAGCAUGAGCGGCGCUAGCGGUAGCCAGAUGGCAGUAUCUACGAUGAGACCAUCAUCAUCUAUGGCAGGCCAGACGGGCAUGGCCAGUUCAGGAAACAUGGGACUGAGUGCUCGGGGCUGCAUGCCGCCUAUGUUGUUUCGACAGGGGUACAAUAUCAGCUCACUGCCGCCAGACACCUGCGAGAAUACUACGUCACCCCAAUUACUUAUCUCAGCGAAUGCUUCGCAGGGAUGGCUUGCCCUCAAUCUGGUCAAUUCUGGAGGAGUGAGUGCUCUCAGGGUAUCCCUUGACCGUCAUUCGAUGCAUAUCUAUGCUGCUGAUGGCCUCUAUGUUAAACCACAGGAGGUGAAAGUUCUGGAAAUUGCCCUUGGUCAGCGAUACUCCGUAAUGAUUAAGCUCGACCAGCAACCUGGUAAUUACUACCUUAGGUUUGCAACUUAUCCCAAUGGUGAUAUGCAGCAGGUCCUGGAAGGCCAGGCCAUAGUUUCUUAUGCUGUAGAAGGAAUGGAGAUGUCUCCGUCAAACGUUUCAGUUGACCCAGAUUUCAUUUGGAUGCGGACAAAUGGCACAGCUAAAACCGGGGCCCGUGAACUAGAUGAGACGCAGCUAUCGCCUUUUGAAGGUAAUAGGCCGCCGUCCUCUAAAGCUGCGGACCUCACGCGACAAUUUACAAUCAAUCAGACGGGCAUUGUGACUUGGGUUGUGAACAAGGACCCAUAUGCUGAGGCGGAGAUUCCACUUAUAUAUGGAAAUGCUUCGAAUCUCUGGGACGCAAGCACUACUCUACAUAUGCCAUCGAACGCGUCUAUUGAUAUUGUAAUGAAUAUCGCGAACGACUCAAUGGAUACUAUGGGCCAUCCAAUGCACCUUCACGGUCACAAGUUCUGGGUACUGGGUUCUGGCAGUGGCUCGUUUCCUUAUCAGUCCAUGGCGGAAGCGCCAUCGUCCAUUAUCAACCUUGACGAUCCACCAUAUAGGGACACAGCGAAUUUGCCACCAUCAGGAUGGCUCGCAAUUCGCUACGUGACCGAUAAUCCUGGGGCAUGGAUACUUCACUGCCAUAUCCAGUGGCAUAUUGUGAGUGGGAUGGCGCUGGUUUUAGUUGAGGGCGAAGACCGGCUCCAGACAUUGGUUGGUUCAUACAAUGACUCAACGAUGACCCCGUCGACCACAUCUGGCGGCAGUUUACCCAUUGGCCUUGGCAAGGUCGUCCCAUUGAUCAGCACAGUCAUCUCGUUUAUUGUUUCGUUCGUCGUGUAA